AUGGAGGCUGAAAAGAUUUUACCUUACUCCAUUAAAAAAGUGUUAAACUUGCCCCCUGCUUUUCGGUCAUUGAUGGCGAACAUGUAUCCAACCACCAAAGCCACUAUUAAGGCUUGGAGAGUGUUAUACACCAAGAUUAACCCUUUCACUACUUGGUCCAGAGCUACCCCCUUAUCGGUGUUGCGACCUGCAUUACCGGACUUAGAUGUAGAAUAUUGGCUUUCCCACUCUGUUGUACAUAUUAAUGAUUUAUUUUUGUCCAAUUCCUUUUUAUCUUUUGACCAGUUACAGGCCAAAUUUAGCCUGGAUGCCUCUGUUGCCCCUAUGCAUAGACAAAUGGUAAAUUUGCUUAGUGAACACUUUAAAGUCUCAGAUCGGGAUCUUGGAGAACGUAAAGUAAGCAUGUUUAAUCUAGAAAAUAUAUAUCUCUCGGAUUCUAACCGUAGACAAACCAUUUCAAUUUGCUAUGCUUAUUUUACUGGGGAACUGGGUCCAAAAUUGGACUGUAUGACAAAGUGGGAAAGAGAAUUAAAUAUAAAAUUUACUAUUGAAGAGUGGCACGGGCUUCUAUUGGCGCUACGGAGCAUAACAUAG